AUGGCUUCAAAAACAACGGGCAUAUCGGAAAAUAAAGAAACAUGGUAUGUCCUACCUGAUGAGAAGAAAGAUUUAAGUUUGCACGAAGCUCUAUCUACGAAGCGAGCAAUAAUCAAUACAAUUGAUUCUAUCAAACCUAUCAACGGUUAUCGUACAAUUUGGAUCAAACUCGAUGAUGAAUUGAGAAAGGAAUAUUACGACGAAGACGAAAAUCUAUGUUUUUUAGAUAAUAUGUUAGAAGAAAAAAUUAUUGAUAAUAAACAUAGAGAUGAAUCAGAUGACAAUUUUUUUAAUGAACGAAUUAAGGAAUUAGAAGCUAAGCUAAGUCUGAGUGAUAACUUUAAGCUGCAAGACGUUGAAAAAAAAUUUAUUCUGGAAAAAUUCAACAAAAAGCAAAACCCUACAGAAAGAGAAAUUUGA